AUGGCUACUGCUGCUAUACUCAAGCUUCUCCUUUACCUCCUCUGGAUUUCUCUCUUUUUUCUCUCUGGAUCGUUGCAACUCUGCAUAGAGGAAGAAAGGAAGGUUCUGCUGAGCGUGAGAAGUGGUUUUCCUAGCGUCGAUAGAGUGCUAUCUCCAUGGAAGGGCAAUGAGUGUUGCAGUUGGAAUGGUGUAGGAUGCAACAGCAUCACAGGUCAUGUUAUCAAACUUGACUUCUCUUUUAGUUAUCCUUUGCAUCGUGGUAUUUUUUCCAACAGAAGCGAGGUGCAUCCUUUAUUGUUUCAUUUGAAGCAUUUGAAGUAUUUAGAUAUAAGUGGGAACAACUUAUCAAGCCAUCAAAUUCCUGGCUCGAUAGGAUCUUUAACUCAAUUGCAGCACUUGGACCUUUCGGGAUGUUGGUUCCAAGGAGAAAUUCCCUACCAACUUGGCAGUCUCUCCAACCUGCGUUACUUAUCUCUGUCUUUCAACGAGAUUUCAGGACAAAUACCAGCAUCUUUUGUCCAUCUCAGCAAUCUGCAGUUCUUGGACCUGAGCUAUAAUAACAUCAGCGGAGAGAUACCAGAAAAUAUUGGCAACCUCAGAAACAUAGAAUGCUUGUUCUUCUGUUAUAAUCAGAUCGAAGGUGUAAUACCAAGAAGCAUAGGAAACUUGACUAAAAUGUUAGAUCUGAACCUUUCUACUAAUAGAAUUGUCGGGGGAUUACCGGAGACUAUUGGCAAUCUAACUGCAUUGCAGAAGUUGGACUUAUCGGGUAAUCAGAUUAAUGGAAAGAUACCAGAUUCAAUGAGAAAUCUCCUUCAGCUAGAUGUUCUUAGUAUCUCUCAGAACAACAUAAGUGGAUCGAUUCCUGAUGCCUUGGGAAGUCUAUGCAACUUGAGUACAAUCAAUCUCUCUUAUAACAGCAUAACAGGGAGUGUUGUUGAAUUCUUUGAACAACUAUCAAGAUGCAGAAUUAACAAAGCUCUUUCCCAUGACUUGCAUGACAAUCAGUUUACUGGUCUUUUUCCUAGUCCUUUUGAGAGGCUUCAAAGAUUAGUUUUUCUUGACCUUGGUUCCAAUCAAUUGAGUGACUCAGUUCCAGCAUCCUUGGGGAAAUUGUCUGCAUUAAUGACCUUAAGUCUAUGUUCAAACUAUUUGGCUGGAGAUAUCACAGAAGCCCACUUUGCCAAUCUCACAAAUUUAUAUUACAUGGAUAUAUCUGACAACAACUUGUCAGUCAAAGUGAGCCAAGAUUGGCUUCCUCCAUUUCAAGCAGUAGGAAUUCGAAUGGGCUCCUGCAACUUGGGACCCAGAUUUCCUCCAUGGGUGCGGAACCAAACCAUUUUAAAUGAGCUAGACAUAUCAAACAAUGGAAUUUCAGAUGCUUUUCCUGAUUGGUUUUGGAGCUCGUGCACAUCCAACUUGGAGCUAGAUGUUUCUCAAAAUCAUAUGAGAGGAAUGUUGCCACGCUCUUUAGAAUGCUUCAAGGAUGUAUGCAAAUUAAAUUUAAGUUACAACAACUUUGAAGGCUUCAUACCAAGAAUGCAACUUUCGGAUGCAUAUUUGGACUUCUCUUACAAUUCCUUCUCUGGACCUAUUCCUAGUAGCUUGGCUGAUAAUGCUGUGUAUAUGUCUUUGUCAAACAACAAAUUGAAUGGUAGUAUUCCAUCCUCCAUUUGUACAGGAAAUUUUCUAGAAGGUAUCGACCUUGGCAACAAUGAUUUAUCUGGAACACUCCCGGAUUGUUUCAGAUAUGAAUCAGAAUUGAUGAUUCUCGACGUUUCAAACAACAAGUUAUCCGGCAGGAUCCCUAGCACACUUGGAUUUUUACGAAGACUCCAAUCGGUGCACUUGAAUCACAAUAGACUCUCUGGCACAAUUCCCACAACAUUGAUACAGUGCAUUGCACUUGUGGUAAUUGACUUCAGCUGGAAUGAAUUGUCUGGUGACAUACUCAGUUGGAUCGGACCAGAACUGUCAUCAUUAAGAGUCCUUUCUUUGAGGUCAAAUAAGUUCACCGGUGAGAUUCCAUCAAAACUCUCGUUGAUGCCUUCACUCCAAAUCUUAGAUCUUGCUCACAAUCUUUUCUCUGGUUUGUUGCCUCCUAGUUUUGGUAAUUUCACUGCUAUGAUGAACAACCAGAACAAUAAAAUACCUUCACCACUAGACGCACUUGAUUAUUGUACGGAGAGCCUCAUUAUAUUUGCCAAAGAUUCAUCACUUAAUUUCACUACUACGCUUUCGUUUGUCAAGAGCAUUGACCUAUCGUAUAACAAUCUCUCGGGCAUGAUUCCUAAAGAGCUAACAAAUCUUAAUGGCCUCCGCUACCUCAACUUAUCUUUCAAUUUCUUUUCUGGACAAAUACCCGAGAAAAUUGGUCUUAUGGACCAAUUAGAAUCACUUGAUCUCUCAAAGAACAAUCUCUCUGGUAAAAUCCCUUCGAGUAUCUCUGCAUUAACUUUUCUAACCGUCUUAAACUUGUCUUACAACAAUCUUGUCGGGAAAAUACCGGUAGGCCCUCAACUUCAAACCUUCACCAACUUGUCUUACAUCGAAAACCCUGAGCUUUGUGGGGAACCACUUGAAAUCAAAUGUCUUGAAGAUAACCAAACCAACAAUGAUGGAGUUACAGAAGAAGGGCACAUGCUUGAAGAUGGAGGAAUUUGGUAUUUUAGUGGCUUUGCUCCUGGAUUUAUAUUCGGCUUCUGGGGAUUCAUGGGCGUAAUUAUGAUCAAGAAGAGCACAAGAAUCAAAUACAUUUUACUCAUCGAUAGCAUAAUUGAAAUCUCAAAGUGUUCUUCGCUGGUCCAUCAAAUUCCUGGCUCGAUAGGAUCUUUAACUCAAUUGCAGCACUUGGACCUUUCGGGAUGUUGGUUCCAAGGAGAAAUUCCCUACCAACUUGGCAGUCUCUCCAACCUGCGUUACUUAUCUCUGUCUUUCAACGAGAUUUCAGGACAAAUACCAGCAUCUUUUGUCCAUCUCAGCAAUCUGCAGUUCUUGGACCUGAGCUAUAAUAACAUCAGCGGAGAGAUACCAGAAGAUAUUGGCAACCUCAGAAACAUAGAAUGCUUGUUCUUCUGUUAUAAUCAGAUCGAAGGUGUAAUACCAAGAAGCAUAGGCAACUUGACUAAAAUGUUAGAACUGAACCUUUCUGCUAAUAGAAUUGCCGGGGGAUUACCGGAGACUAUUGGCAAUCUAACUGCAUUGCAGAAGUUGGACUUAUCGGGUAAUCAGAUUAAUGGAAAGAUACCGGAUUCAAUGAGAAAUCUCCUUCAGCUAGAUGUUCUUAGUAUCUCUCAGAACAACAUAAGCGGAUCGAUUCCUGAUGCCUUGGGAAGUCUAUGCAACUUGAGUACAAUCAAUCUCUCUUAUAACAGCAUAACAGGGAGUGUUGUUGAAUUCUUUGAACAACUAUCAAGAUGCAGAAUUAACAAAGCUCUUUCCCAUGACUUGCAUGACAAUCAGUUUAGUGGUCUUUUUCCUAGUCCUUUUGAGAGGCUUCAAAGAUUAGUUUUUCUUGACCUUGGUUCCAAUCAAUUGAGCGACUCAGUUCCAGCAUCCUUGGGGAAAUUGUCUGCAUUAAUGACCUUAAGUCUAUGUUCAAACUAUUUGGUUGGAGAUAUCACAGAAGCCCACUUUGCCAAUCUCACAAAUUUAUAUUACAUGGAUAUAUCUGACAACAACUUGUCAGUCAAAGUGAGCCAAGAUUGGCUUCCUCCAUUUCAAGCAGUAGGAAUUCGAAUGGGCUCCUGCAACUUGGGACCCAGAUUUCCUCCAUGGGUGCGGAACCAAACCAUUUUAAAUGAGCUAGACAUAUCAAACAAUGGAAUUUCAGAUGCUUUUCCUGAUUGGUUUUGGAGCUCGUGCACAUCCAACUUGGAGCUAGAUGUUUCUCAAAAUCAUAUGAGAGGAAUGUUGCCACGCUCUUUAGAAUGCUUCAAGGAUGUAUGCAAAUUAAAUUUAAGUUACAACAACUUUGAAGGCUUCAUACCAAGAAUGCAACUUUCGGAUGCAUAUUUGGACUUCUCUUACAAUUCCUUCUCUGGACCUAUUCCUAGUAGCUUGGCUGAUAAUGCUGUGUAUAUGUCUUUGUCAAACAACAAAUUGAAUGGUAGUAUUCCAUCCUCCAUUUGUACAGGAAAUUUUCUAGAAGGUAUCGACCUUGGCAACAAUGAUUUAUCUGGAACACUCCCUGAUUGUUUCAGAUAUGAAUCAGAAUUGAUGAUUCUCGACGUUUCAAACAACAAGUUAUCUGGCAGGAUCCCUAGCACACUUGGAUUUUUACGAAGACUCCAAUCGGUGCACUUGAAUCACAAUAGACUCUCUGGCACAAUUCCCGCAACAUUGAUACAGUGCAUUGCACUUGUGGUAAUUGACUUCAGCUGGAAUGAAUUGUCUGGUGACAUACUCAGUUGGAUCGGACCAGAACUGUCAUCAUUAAGAGUCCUUUCUUUGAGGUCAAAUAAGUUCACCGGUGAGAUUCCAUCAAAACUCUCGUUGAUGCCUUCACUCCAAAUCUUAGAUCUUGCUCACAAUCUUUUCUCUGGUUUGUUGCCUCCUAGUUUUGGUAAUUUCACUGCUAUGAUGAAAAAACAGAACCAUAAAAUACCUUCACCACUAGACGCACUUGAUUAUUGUACCGAGAGCCUCAUUAUAUUUGCCAAAGAUUCAUCACUUAAUUUCACUACUACGCUUUCGUUUGUCAAGGGCAUUGACCUAUCGUAUAACAAUCUCUCGGGCAUGAUUCCUAAAGAGCUAACAAAUCUUAAUGGCCUCCGCUACCUCAACUUAUCUUUCAAUUUCUUUUCUGGACAAAUACCCGAGAAAAUUGGUCUUAUGGACCAAUUAGAAUCACUUGAUCUCUCAAAGAACAAUCUCUCUGGUAAAAUCCCUUCGAGUAUCUCUGCAUUAACUUUUCUAACCGUCUUAAAUUUGUCUUACAACAAUCUUGUCGGGAAAAUACCGGUGGGCCCUCAACUUCAAACCUUCACCAACUUGUCUUACAUCGAAAACCCUGAGCUUUGUGGGGAACCACUUGAAAUCAAAUGUCUUGAAGACUACCAAACCAACAAUGAUGGAGUCACAGAAGAAGGGCACAUGCUUGAAGAUGAUGAGGAUGGAGGAAUUUGGUAUUUUAGUGGCUUUGCUCCUGGAUUUAUAUUUGGCUUCUGGGGAUUCAUGGGCGUAAUUAUGAUCAAGAAGAGCAUACGAAUCAAAUACAUUUUACUCAUCGAUAGCAUAAGUGGUUGGUUUAUGCAAAUGUAA